CAUCAUUAUCACCACCUUUUGGAGAACAAACUGACAUCACCACCGUCAUGGUCUUAUCUCAUACACCAUCUCGUCGACAACUCGUUAAUUUCGCCAUCAUUGUAAGCAUCAUAACUAUCUUGUCAAAUAUAGUCGAAGGGAUAUUAUCAAUGUUUCUUGGUAGCCAAUCAAAUUCGGUCAGUCUCGUCAUAUUUGGGAUUGGAUCAUUUGUCGAGAUGACUUCAUCGUCACUUGUUUUGUGGCGUUUUCUUUCGGAAUUUCGAAAAGAUCCUGCAGAGUUUAAUAAAGAAGUUUUUGUUGAGAAAGAGCGCAAAGCAACUAUCGGGAUCGGAUGUCUAUUUCUUAUAUUGGCUACAGGAACAUUUUUACAUGCAAUUAUCUCUUUGAGCCAGAAGAGCCAUCCCGAGAAUACAAUAGCAGGUCUUAUAAUUUCUAUUGUGUCUAUUGUAUUUAUGUUAUUUGUAUAUGCUGCCAAGAAAUAUUUGGCAGUUAAGUUGGAUUCAUCGACGAUGGCAUCGGAAGCGCAAUGUUCGUUAGCAUGUAUUAAAAUCACGGGAGUACUUUUUUGUAGUAGUUUGAUUUACCUGAUAUGGCAAAGAGCUUGGUGGAUUGAUUCUGCAGCCGCUCUGCUAUUCAGUAUAUUCUUUGCCAAAGAAGGUUAUGGAAUGGUCAGAUGGGCAACGAGCAAAAGUUUUAAUGGUGGAUACUCGCAAGAAAAAAUAGAUGGAGAUAAAGGGGAUAUUAGUGAUCAGGAAGUUAAAAUGCCAAAAGAAAAUAACGAUAAAGAAAAUAUUAGUAUACAUGCUGUUAGUGAAAAAGAGGAAGGUUAUUCGACCGAUAAGAACAAUAUGAAAGAAACGAAAGAUCUUCAAUUAGAACCUCGAACUUCUUAUUUACACAAUUAUCAACGUGUGGUUUGUUAA